AUGGGCCCAAUAUGGGCCGCAGGGAUCAUCCUCGUCACAGCCUCUGCUCAGCAAAACACCUUCUCCCUCCAGCAAGCCAAAACCAUGGACAGACACCUCACCAGCUCUUUCCAGAUCCCUGCUGGCUCCAUGACCCUCUUCACCAUGACCUCCAUGCUCAUCACCAUCGCCUUCUACGACCGCGUUUUCAUUCCUAUCAUGCGGAGGUUCACCGGCCUUGACCGAGGCAUUAGCUUCCUCCAACGUAUGGGCAUUGGCUUCGUCAUCUCCAUAUUAGCCACCCUAGUUGCAGGCUUCAUCGAACUGAAGAGAAAACAGGUAGCAUCAACCUAUGGCUUGAUUAACAAGCCCCAAGCCACCAUCCCUAUCUCAGUGUUCUGGCUUGUCCCCCAGUAUUGCCUGCAUGGCAUGGCUGAGGCCUUCAUGUCCAUUGGACAUCUCGAGUUCUUCUACGACCAGGCGCCAGAGAGCAUGAGGAGCACAGGCAUGGCCUUAUUCUGGACCGCCAUUUCCUUGGGGAAUUAUGUGAGCACUUUCCUCGUUUCCCUAGUGCAUAGGUUCAGCCAAGGUCCAGGAGGAUCAAACUGGCUUCCGGAUGAUAAUUUAAACAAGGGAAAGUUAGAGUACUUCUACUGGUUGAUCACCUUACUUCAGAUCAUCAACCUGUUGUAUUACUCAACUUGCGCAAAAUUUUAUACUUUCAAGCCAAUUCAGAUCCAAGCCAAGGAAAAUGGAGACUCUGUGAAAGGUGGGGUCGAGCUUGUUAGCCAAGUUUAA